AAAAGGUAUAUUAUUCCAAAAAUGGCACUUUCUUUUGAAACUUCCAAAAAUAGCACACAAAGUUUAGAAAAUACACAAACCUACCUAAUUUCAUUUCUUCCAAACCCGACGACUUCCAAAAACAUGUCGCUUUCGACGACUCCGUCGCUCACCGGAUCUGAUUUCUUUACCGGAGAUUCGAAGACUUUGCCGGAGAUCCGCAGUUUCGUCGGAUUCAUUAGGCGUUAUCUCAUCCGACGCCGAUUGUGCAGGAAAAUUGGAUUCAUUAGGCGCCUCCGCCGGAAUCUGGAACGUCUCUGCUGGAAUCCUCUUUACUCCGGCACCAGCACUCUUGCUCUGGUUGCUCGUGCUUCGGCUUUUGGGUUGGUUCUUAUCUAUCGCAACAUCAAGCUCAAGGCUUUGAAGUUGCAGGAAAAUGGGAGAUUCGUUUCCAACAGAUGUCAAACUGCCAACGCUUCUGUACAAUAUAGGACAGGAGCCAAAUUCAAAUGAUGGGAUAAAUCAAUGUGCAAGAUAUGAGUAUAUCGAUAAAGUACAACGCAUCUUCUCUGCUACAGAGUUUCAGAAAAUCAGAGAAUUGAAGAUUUCUCCAAGCUGCGUGAUAUAGAUUCAGAAGACAUCAGAAACAAGUUCGUUGUGGAUAUCUUCAAUGAGUGUGUUAAGAUUUCUUAGGACCAUCUUUCUUUAUUGGAUGUAUGAUGCUUGUGAAACCGUUUUAGACUGUUUUGGUACUUCUAUGAUGGUUCUGAACUAGAAAAGUAUCAUCUGUUUCUAUUUAUAUUUUUUUUAGAUAUUCAAUGUAUGGUAUUUUGUCAGA